CCUGCCAUUCUUUCAUAUCCCAUCAAAAAAAAAUAUUAAUUGGAGACUACAAAAUAUGGCAAACACAAAAGCUUUUCUUGUUGUUAUUCUCUUCGCUGCACUUCUUAUCAGUUCCUAUGAGGUCUCAGCUCGUGAGAUUGCUGACCCUCAGUCGACUAGACAAACUCAGUCCGUGCAGGAGUCAAAGCAGUCGUAUGCAGGAGGAGGUUAUGAUAAUCCAGGAGGAUAUGGUAACCCAGGAGGUUAUGGUAAUCCAGGAGGUUAUCCAGGAGGUUUUGGUAAUCCAGGAGGAGGUUAUCCAAACCCACCCCCGAGACAAAAGAUGGCUAAGGUUGUUGAGGAAAAGCGUAACUAAAUGAUACGUUGUGCAUGAAAUCGUUGAAAGGUUUAAUAUAUACUCAUAUAUAUUUGGGUGUACUUAUAUGAAAUAAAUAGAUUGGGAAUGAACAAAAGUUAUGGUUUGAUUAUUCUCAUGAGUUAAUUGAGUUGGUGCAGUGUUCGUCCCAACUUAACUAUCAUGUAUAAUAUGAUCCUAAUUAUAUAGACCUGUAAAGUAUGUAAUGUUAGGUCAUGGUUUUUAUGAUUCCUUUUAUGAUCAUUUUGGUCCUUCAAGAUCAGAUUUGAGAUUGAAAUUGCAAAAAAAUCAAAAACCCCUCAGUUUGCGUGCAAGCAAAUUCCACGAUU